AUGCGUCUGCUCGGGCCUGCCGAGCGUCGACUAGCCACCGGGAGCCGGCACGUAUGGGAUGCGUUCCUGCGACGUGAAAGCUGUUGGAGAUCAUGUCUGGACAUUGCACCGGCCGUCUACCCAACGCAGCAGGCGUCUGCAGCUACAGCCAUGUCGAGGUUGGGCAAGAUAGAGGAGUUUGACGCCAAGGUUCAGACGUUCGAUUCGUACUUGGAGCGUUUCGAGCACUUUGUCAGUGCGAAUGACAUAGCUCAAGAGAAGAAACUCUCAGUAUUUUUGACAGUGAUCGGGGCGGAAGCGUAUGAAGUACUCAAGAAUUUGGUUGUACCAUCACUUCCUGGGGAGAAGACUUUUGAUGAAGUCAAGGUUCUAUUGAAAAGCCAUUACAGCCCCCCGAUAUCAAUUAUAGCUGAGAGAGCCCGGCCUGUGCCUUUUGCACUGCGUGAAGCAGUUGAAAAGCAGCUGGAUGAACUGGAGAAAGACGGCGUGGUUACACGACACAGCCUCUUGCGAGAGGUCAGUGCUGUGACAACUUCUUUUGAACACAGCACUUGCCUCCUGGCCCUUGCGCACAAGGACGCAGGUGGUGUUGUCUUGGGAUCCAACAAGGCUGCCCUGUUGAUUAUGUACAUUCUGGGCAGGCAGCUGUUGAUGGAGGAGGCGGCAGUGGACUAUCUGGCAGCCAUGUGCGAUGGGGAUGCCCGCACCGCCCUCAACUCACUCCAGACAGCUGUGGAGGCGCACCGCAGCACGGGUGGAAGCCAGCUCAUCACGGCCGAGAGCAUCAAGGAAGGCCUCAAAAGGACACACUUCCACUAUGAUAGAGCAGGUGAUCAGCACUACGACAUCAUCUCUGCUUUCAUCAAGUCUAUGAGAGGUGGUGACGCCAAUGCGGCUCUGUACUACAUGGCGCGCAUGUUGGCCGGAGGCGAGGACCCACUCUUCAUUGCACGCAGGCUUGUCGUCUUUGCCAGCGAGGACAUUGGUGUUGCAGACUCCCACGCACUUGUUCUUGCCGUGGCAACGCAUGACAGUGUCCUGAAAGUUGGCCUGCCUGAAUGUCGGAUCAUGCUGUCCCACUGUGCUACGUACUGUGCAAGGGCACCCAAGUCACGUGAGACGUACAAUGCAUACGCCCGUGCAGAAGACGCUGUUCAGAAACAGGAGGGACCGCUGCCAGCAGUGCCCGUGCAUUUGCGAAACCAUGCAAGCCCCAAACAGCGGGCAGAGGGAUGUGGCAAGCCGUUUCUGCCACAGCAGCUAGCGCACCUGGACUUCUUUAAGUAGCAUCUAUGAAGAGGCACAAUUUAUGAACUGAGUGGACCAAUUAUCAAGCACAGCUGUUGUUGGCCGCCAGUUUAUGCAUUGCGAAGAUUUGGAUGUCUCGUAACGUGUGUGUGUAUAAACAUGAUGUGUUUGUAUAGAUUUUAUGUGGGUGAACUCACCCCCCCCCCCCCCCCCCCCAAACCCUACUUCUGGCUUCAACAAUGUCCACUACGUUGCCCUCUGCAACAAGCACUGGAACAGUUCACGUUGCCGGGCUUGAUAAAUCCUACAACUCUCUGCUUGCCAAAGAUAUUUAACAGGACACAGACAUUGCUUUUGGCACCAAGGGUAGCGUUGGAAUACUACCAAGAGAUUGGGGCAAAUGAUAAGACAGGGAGGUCCGAGUGACAUCUGGUGUCUAUCUCUUUGACUGACCACACUUGUUGUAAAUGCAUCUUGUAGAUAGUCUCUCUUCCCUGUGUUUCACAGCACGCAAAAAAAUAUAACAGACUCUCAAUAAAUCAAACUCGAGGCAACCUCAGGAUUGUAGUAGCGUAAGGCAGCCAAGCUGCCAUACUCAAGGAAACAACAGUGUCAGUUGCAGAACAAGAAAUGAUCAGCGUUUAUUCUUUGGACACACUUUUAUAGGCCAUGCGGUUGCUUAGCCACUGCCGUAUCAGCGCAGGUGAUGACCAAGUGGCACAUCAGGCGGUAGACAUUAUCACCAGAGUUUUUUUCAAAUUAUCAGAAGUUUGAAUUAUUCGAAGAACUUGUAAAUAUGACUCUGGGCCACAUAACAAGUAGAGUUGUGGUGUUUGUUUCGCAGUGAUGCAGCAGCAUCAUAGACAGCUCUGCAUGAUUUCCAGUAAAGUUUUUAAAUGUCAGCAAUCAUACUGGUACUCGUUAUUAUACCAAGUGUGUACGCAUGUGUAAUUAAGGGACAAAAUUUCUUGUGUCCCAUGACAACUCUUUGCCCCUUUUCAGUCUUAGGGCGCUUUCCCGCAUGACACCGGCGUACUGCGACGAAAGUGACUUUAACAGGAUACUGAACAAACAUUGGAAAAAAUGAUGAAAAUAUCGAAAUUCUACUUGGAAGAUGCGACUGUUCCGAUAAACAGAGUUUACUUCAUGUA